AUGGGAGGAGGAUAAUCAAAGGCUUAAAAAUUAUAAUCAUAACGAAGAGCCAACAAGCCACAAUUACCACAACACUAGACACCAGAAUAACAUUAUCAAUUCUUAAUUAGCGAACCUAUUAGUAGAUACCUUUGGAAUACUUAAUUUGAUUAUGAAAACUUAAUAUCUGAGAUCCUUUUUAGCAUCAGUAUCAAAAGAUGUAUGGAUUACUUAUAAUACUUUAAACCUCAUAUGAGAUAUAUCAAAAAGGCGGAGAAAUUAUAUAAUGAUGUUACAUAAUGUUGUUUAUAUGAAUCAAAAUUUAAUGAUUAAGAUAAAAAAAUAAUGAUUGGUGUUCUCAUCCUAUUCUUUAGUCUAUAUCAUAUUUCUAAAUUUUAAGUAAUAUUUAGUUCAUCUGAUAAGAAAUGGUGGGAAGGCACAUAUUUUGUAUCACUACAAAAAUAUGUCGAAUUACCUCCUAAAAAAAAUGAAAGCUAUAUUUAAACUUUUGCUCUUUUUAUGUCUGAUUAUUUCUAAUCUAGAUUUCAUGAAUUAAAACCACAAAAUGAUAAUAAAAAGGUUGAUCUUGUAUCUGUAAGAGUAUUAGCAGAUUAUUAUCUAUAAUUCUUAUAUAGUGACAGUAUAUCUUAUCUAACAGAUUCUGAUUAAUUCGUUAAAGAUUAUGCACAAAUUAAAUAACCAAAUUAUCAAACCUAUGGAAGAUACAAAUUAGAAAGUAAUAUCAAAAUUAUGUCUAAAAAAUAGAAAUAAUAAUAACAAUUAUUGUAUUAACAAUAGCUUCAAGAUUCCAAAACUCCAUCAUAAUAAAUAGAAGAUAUGGAAAAAUAAUUUAAAUUCUUGUCUGAUCACUCUUUAAUUGAAAAUUCAAUAAUUCAAGAUAAAAAUAAAGAAUAAGUAUAAAUAGUACAAGAAACACAAAAAUUAGAAUGA